AUGAUGAAGAUUGAUGUUGUUUCCAAAGAAAUUCUCAAGCCAUCACCAUCUUCAGUUCCAAACCACCUCAGGAGUAGUAGUUACAAAUUCUGUCUUCUAGACCAGCUAGCUCCACAUUUUUACGUCCCCAUUGUUCUUUUCUACUCUUCUCGUCACUCAACCAACAAUGAAACCAAAGACAAGGUUAAGAAGUUGAAACAAUGUUUGUCUGAAGUAUUGGUGGAGUUCUCUCCUUUGGCUGGAAAGAUUCGAAACGAUGUAUCGGUGGAACCGCUUGAAGGCGAUGGCGUCAGCUUCAUUGAAGCUAGAGCUAACGCUAAGCUGUCGGAGAUACUUGAAAAUCCAAAGAUGAGUUCAAUACAACAACUCCUUCCUAUUAAUCCUUACAAUGUGAAAAAGGAUUAUGAUGAUGAGGGUGUUCCGGUCUUGGUGGUUCAGUUAAAUGUCUUUGACUGUGGCGGCAUAGGGAUUGGCAUUUGCAUCUCACACAAAGUCGCCGAUGGAACCACACUUUCCACUUUCCUCACCGCGUGGGCUGCGAGUGUUGGUGCUUCUUCCUCCUCCCAUGGCCAUGAGAGUGGCAAGAGAAUCCCUCCCUCUUUCGACUCGGCUGUGGUUUUUCCUCCUAGAGAGAUUCAGGUUCAGCCCCCAAGUAAUCUGAUAAUGAAAGCAGGGAGGGUUGCGACGAAGAGAUUUCUGUUCGAUUCAUCGAGUUUGGAGAAACUCAAAGCCAAAGCAAUGGGCACCACCAGUGAUAAUUUUAACCCUACUAGGGUGGAAGUUGUGACUGCUCUCAUAAGCAAAACUGCCUUGAAGUCUAGAAACAAAAUAUCAUCCAAUGAGAAGAUUUCUAAGCCAUCCAUGGUGAUAUCCCAAGUGGUGAAUUUGAGGGGAAGAAUGGAUCCGCCAUUGCCAGAGACUACUAUAGGCAACAUUUGGCGAAGUGCGGUUGCAACCAUCAUGGAAGAAGAAGGCGAAGAAAGCAAGAAGCUUGAGUUGCAUGAUUUUGUGGUUCAGUUGAAGAAAGCAAUAAGGAAAAUAAACAAAGAUUAUGUGGCCAAAAUCAGAACAGAAGAUGGGUAUAUGUUAGCUUAUGAUUCUCUUAAGGAAGCAAGUAAAUUGGUGUCUGAAGGAGUGGCACCCUUCUACAGAUUCAGCAGCUGGCUUAGGUUCCCACUCUAUGAAACUGAUCUAGGCUGGGGAAAGCCCAUAUGGGCAUGUGUUACUAACAUACCUAUCAAAGACGUUGUAAUAUUGAUGAGCAAUAGUAGUGGGGAUGGAGUUGAGGCAUGGAUCAACUUAGAGGAAGAAGACAUGGCUAGAUUUGAAAAGGAUCCCGAGUUUCUGCAGUUUGCUUCUCAGGCACCGGGCUCUUAG